AUGGAUUACGAAAGACCGAAUGUAGAAACCAUCAAGUGUGUUGUUGUUGGAGACAAUGCGGUGGGGAAGACUCGCCUUAUUUGUGCCCGGGCCUGCAACACUACCCUGACCCAGUACCAGCUGUUGGCCACCCAUGUGCCCACCGUCUGGGCCAUCGACCAGUACAGAGUCUGUCAAGAGGUCUUAGAACGUUCCAGAGACGUUGUGGAUGAAGUAAGUGUGUCCCUCCGGCUAUGGGACACUUUUGGAGACCAUCACAAAGACAGACGCUUCGCCUACGGGAGGUCUGACGUCGUGGUUCUCUGCUUUUCCAUCGCCAACCCCAACUCCCUACACCAUGUUAAAACUAUGUGGUACCUUGAGAUCAAGCACUUCUGUCCUCGGACACCUGUCAUCUUGGUCGGUUGCCAGUUGGACUUGCGCUACGCUGACCUGGAGGCAGUCAAUCGUGCUAGGCGACCGUUAUCAAGGCCUAUUAAACCCGGAGAUAUUUUGCCUCCAGAGAGUGGAAGGGAGGUCGCCAAAGAGCUUGGCAUCCCAUACUACGAGACAAGUGUUUUCGAUCAGUUUGGCAUCAAGGAUAUCUUUGAUAAUGCCAUCCGAGCAGCACUCAUUUCCAGACGCCACCUACAAUUCUGGAAGUCCCACCUGAGGAAGGUCCAAAAGCCACUGUUGCAGGCACCAUUUUUGCCACCCAAAGCCCCUCCACCACUUAUUAAGAUUCCUGAGUGUCCAGCCAAAAACAGGGAUGGCCCGAGGCAGCUUCUUGAGAGCCCACUGUGUGCUGAUGUUAUGUUCACCAUUCAGGAACACAUUCACUUGUUUGCCCACAGGAUCUACCUGUCUACCUCAUCUUCCAAAUUCUACGACCUCUUUCAGAUGGACUUCUCAGAUGAGUCCCAGUGUUUGGUGGUAACUGCGCGUCAUGGGCGGGAUCAACUGAUGCGCACACUAAGCCUGGACACGGAAGAGGACGUGACCGUUCUCCCCAAUCUUUCACCGUGCUCACUCAGGGCAUCCAAGAGUGACGGAACCCUCAAGAUGAUGAGUUUCAGUGGGAUGCACCGACGCACCAAACUGUCCCUGGCAUCUUGGAGCAAGGCCUUCCACAGCAUCCACAAGGAGAACGUGAUCAAUCCGAUCACAGGUGCACCAGCUCUUAUGACUGUCGUCAAGAUGGAUCAUUCCAUCCACCAUGGACCAUUCAGCGCUGUCCUACGCUUCCUCUACACUGGUGAGCUGGAUGAGAAGGAGAAGGACCUGAUGAAGAUCGCCCAGAUCGCAGAGAUCCUAGAAGUGUUUGAUCUUAGGAUGAUGGUGGAGAACAUCAUGAACAAUGAGGGCUUCAUGAAUCAAGAGAUCACAAAAGCGUUCCAUGUGAGAAAGGCCAACCGAAUCAAAGAGUGUCUUGCCAAGAAUAACUUCACAGAUGUGGUGUUUAGGUUGGAUGAUGGCACCAUUAACGCCCACAAACCACUGCUGAUCUCUAGCUGUGAUUGGAUGGCAGCAUUAUUUGGGGGCUCUUUCAUGGAGAGUGCAAAUGAUGAGGUCUCAUUCCCCAACACCAGCAGGGUUUGUAUGCAGGCAGUGCUGGAGUAUCUUUACACCAAUCAGCUGUCGCCCAUGGCAGACCUGGACCCAAUGGAGCUAAUCGCCCUGGCCAACAGACUGUGCCUUCCACGGCUCAUCGCCCUGACAGAGCAAUACGCUGCGAGCGAGUUAGUAAAAGCAUCUAAAGAAGGACAGGAUAUCGAUGGAGAGGUACUCACCUAUCUGGAGCUUGCUCAGUUCCAUAAUGCUAAUCAACUGGCUGCCUGGUGUUUACACCACAUCUGCACGCAUUACAACAGGAUAUGUGCCAAUUACCGCAAAGAGAUCAAGUCGAAAUCACUAGAAAACCAGGAAUAUUUUGAGAAGCACCGCUGGCCUCCGGUCUGGUAUCUGAAAGAGGAAGAUCACUAUCAGCGGGUAAAGAAGGAGAGAGAGAAGGAGGAUGUGGUGUUGAAUAAACAUCACUCACGAUGGCGCUGGUGUUUCUGGAGCACGUCCCCUGCUGUUGCUUGAGUCCGUACCCUCAUGAUUUAUUUUUAAAGCUCUUAUUUUCCUUUUUUUAUAUUUUGUGAAGAUAAAACAGACCACUCGAAAUUAGCAUUCUGUGUGAAGCACAAUGUCCAAUCAGUGCUGGCCUUCGAAUCUAUGGCCUGGUCCUUAUGGUGUAAUAUUUGUUUUAAUAAUCGAGCUGCUGUGUUGGACUUGGUUCUGAUCUGACUGUGUUAGAAGCAUAAGAAUCAUAAAACACUAAUAGGAUUAAGGAGCGUUUUUUCUUGUCUUUCCUUUUUCACUUAGGUGCUAUAUACUGUAUAUUUGCAUUAACACAUUUUAAACUGUUUAAUGAAAUCAUGUAAGUGCAAAAUGCUCAUUAUGCCACUAAUUCUGAGCACAUCUUGCAAAAUUUGCAUAGUACAAUUCUGCAUUUAGGCAAAUUUGGGGUAAUGUUGUAAGCCUGUUUAUUGGACAACUUGUGACCAAAAACUAAGAGCACUUGAAGUUAGGAGUCGCUGUUGAUUGUAAUAUUUAAUGGAUGUAGUUUGAUCAUUGUGAUUGUAAGAGCUUACAGCAUUCAGCCCUAUGUGUGAACAUCAGGGACAGGAACGCAGUAAAUGGGUCAUUCUUCUUAUGCAGUACAUUUGAACAUUCUCAAAAAUGAAGUAUGUUCUGGUAAUACCCGGGCACUUAAAAUGUAUGAAUUAUAAGAAGGUGAUUUACACAACAUCAAAAAUCAGGAAAUAUGUUAUAGGAUGAUAUGGAACCUUUAAUAAGUCAUGUCAGAAAAAUAUGAGAUAAGAGCAAAAUGCAGAUUUCAAAGUUUUGCGUUCCCCCAUGAAAUACUGCAUUUAUUUGCAAAAUGGUCCUUUGUACAUUUGUUUGCUAAAACCCCAAAACAAAUUCUUACAUACACUAAAAAACUUACUUUUUUAAUUUUACAAAUAAUAAAAAAAAAAACUGGCAAGUAACUUUAAAUGAACUGAAUUAAAUGUUAAAUUAAACAUGAAAUAAAAUGUAAUUUAACAAGUAGGAAGACCUUUUUUGAUUUUCUUGAAAAACAUACAAUAACAACUUACAUAAACCAAUUUUUUUUUUUUUACAAUGUUAUAGUUAGUUAUCUAUGGAAGCACUUUUCUGCCACUAAAUAAAAUAAAUAACUAAAUAAAUAAAACAAGGUGAGUUCAUAUGUCAAAAUUCUGUCUUUAUAACUCGUAAGAUAUGAACUCACAAUUGUAAAAAAA